CUACACAUAAUUCCAAGAUGUCAGCGCCCAUGAACAUUUUAUGUAACUCCAGGCUGAGUCAGAAUCUGUGAAUUUGAGAAGAAAUUAAGUAAGUUUGUGUAAUAAUGAUGUGACCAAAUGAAAUUAUUGAUUGUUAUUCUUUUCUGAUCUUGAAUACGAAGAUGUGUUGUGUUCAGGCUACCUUGCCUGGCCUGUUUGCUGACUACCGGCCGCUGUGUCAGAUCAGCAGAUCAGCUCAAGUGUGUGAUGGCUCGCGCGGGAGUAGGGGCGGCGGCGACAUGUUCGGUGCAGCACCGGGUACAGGGUGGGCCCCAAGCCCAGCAACCCAAGUGCUGGGCGCGACACGGCCUGCAACGUGUGUAACGACGACCAUAACGAACUUGAACAACAGCAACAACAACUACAUCAAACUUUAUUGGCCCCCCCCCCCCCAAACUGGAUUAGACAUGUCAAGAUUGGCCAACUUUUUACGCAGGCCUCGCAACUUUGCCGCUGUUGCCGUGGCCAGCGCGGGAGUUGCCUUCAGCUACAAAGCAGCGCCCCACCUCUUCCCAAACCACAUCUACAGACCAAUCUUUGAAGCAUACAAGGCGGGAAAGCCGUACAAAGUGACGGUGGAGCAAGAGCAAGAAUUUGAGCAAGCCUGCAAUGACCUCAACAUCGAUGCCUCCAAAUACAGGACGUUUGUCACAAGCCGCUGGGAGGUCAAGUCAGUUGGCCUUCCGUGGUUUCCAGCGGGGUGCCAUACAGGGAUCCCCGCCUCGAUGGUAGCGGAGCCGGAAUUGACCAACCUGAGAUUCUCCGGACCGAUCAAGGCUAACCUUGAUACAAGAGAGGGAAUGUGGUUGAAGGACUCUCUGAAGCUGAGUCCCGCGGCCCGUAGGUUUGCGAUGGCUCAGCAGAUAGCUCUAAGCGACAGCAACCUAUCUUUCUAUCCCAUCGUCUUAGCGCCUAUCACCACGCUGACUGGCUUCGCAACGACCUUCAUCAUGCAUACCAUCGCUCCUAUCGCGCCGAUCUUCGUCACAGGUCUCGGCAUCGGAACCUGCUUCUACUUUGCCUACAGCUUCCUCUUGGGGUCUGUCAAUGAAAGGAUCGACCUGAAGGUCAACCAAAGACUUGCUGCCAUCAGCGACGAGUACACCAUGGGUGGACUAGAAUUCUAUGAGAAACUCUUGCAGAAGAACAGGGGACUACGAUCACUUCUUGGAAAAAAAGGGGAGCACCUUUACACCUAUUAUGGCAACGAGACAUCAGGACUGGUCUACUCGACUGGAGCAACCAAUAUUCAGAAGAGAGAUGUUUUGAAGAAGAUGGUGGAGGCCGCUGAGAUGGAAAGAAGAGCCAAGGAGAAGGCAGAUGCUGUGUCAUGAUAUUUAAGUGUAAAAAUUUGAGAUAUUAUUCUUAUUUUAAUGGUCAACUCCACAGUAUUUGGUAAUUUAGUGCCCCAUAUAUUACCAAGUAUUCUGGAAUUAUGAUAUUAAAAUGUUUAUUACAAUGAUCAUGUUCUAAUUGAAGAUAAACAUGAUCUGAUCAAGUAACGGUAGAGCUAUCAGCUUAAAGGGAGAAGGUCAUCAGUUUCCAUGCGCAGAAGUUCAUAAUUUGCUGACACCAGACUUGGUGGAGAUACCAUUAAUGGAUGUACAAAAUAUCUUGUUUACUGUCAUUUAUCAGCAGUAUUAAUCAAUGUGGUCAUGAUUUAUUGUACUCUAAGUUGACAACUGAUCGGUGACAUACUACAUUUCCUCUUCACUGUGUAUCAGUAAUGUUUAAUUUUACAAUUAUUAUUGUAUGUAUCAAAAUUGCAAAUCAGGUUUCCUAGUAGAGCAAAUCAGGCUGCCAUUUUGUUACAGGAGAAUAAAAUAUACACAUUUUUCAUACUCAAUUGUUUGUUCUAAAAAUUAUCUUGAAUCAGUUUUUUAUAUUAUUAUGUGCAUUUUCAUUCAUUGAUUUUGGAUUUUCAACAAGAAAAUUGGCUAUCAUAAUUGAUCAAUGAUAUUCAUAAGUGUAUAUUUUUUCCCAACUUUUGCAAUACCACAGUAUAGCAACAUAUUUUUGAAAUAAAUAAUGGAGAAAGAAACAAAAGAAAAUCAUAUUCCUUUUUGUCGCUAUGAAGAUUAGAAAAUGAAUUAGUAUAAAUAGUCUCAUCAAAUAUGUUCAUUUGAAUUUGUCAGUCUUUCCAUUUUAUAUUCAAUGAUUCUUUACAGAGAAAGUGUCUCUGUCUAAAAACAAUCUUAUUUUGUGUAUUAAUAUCAUUCAGAAUAGAUUCAGAUAAGCUUUAUUG